AGCGCAGCCGCACGCGCGCAGACACUAGCUGUACGGCGGAAAACGGGCCCAGGUGUGUACAUGUACACACGGACAAGUGGUCAUCUUUGCAACUUAAUUAAGGAGUAAAUAUCCGAAAAUGGAGUGGGAGUUAUGGAUUUAAAGCGAAGAGGACUUGAAAUGGGCGGUCUGCUGGCGGUGUUGCUGCUUUGGAGCUGCCUGCUGUCGGCGGUUGACGGCUCACCUUUUCUCCUCUUUGCCAACCGGCGCGAUGUACGAUUGGUAGAUGCAGAGGGCGUGCGGGGUGAGUCGGCCAUUGUUGUUAGUGACCUAGAGGAUGCUGCAGCGGUGGACUUCCUGUACACUGAGGGCCUGAUAUUCUGGACAGAUGUCAGUGAGGAGGCAAUCAAACAGACGCACUGGAAUAAGUCAUCCAACUCCCUUAAAGAGGCACUGGGAACUGGCCAGACUGUGGUAGUAUCCGGACUGGACAGUCCUGAUGGGCUGGCCUGUGACUGGUUGGGGAAAAAGCUGUACUGGACAGACUCUGAGACAAAUCGGAUAGAAGUGGCCAACCUGGAUGGCACCUCCAGGAAGGUUCUGUUUUGGAUGGACUUGGACCAGCCCAGGGCUAUCGCACUCAACCCUGCUCAACGCUACAUGUACUGGACAGACUGGGGAGAGGAGCCAAGGAUAGAGCGUGCUGGUAUGGACGGCAGCAACAGGAAAGUUAUAGUGGAUGUGGACAUAUACUGGCCCAACGGUCUGACGAUAGACCUGGUGGAGCAGAAGUUGUACUGGGCAGAUGCCAAACUCAGCUUCAUUCACAGAGCUAACUUGGACGGAUCAGCACGUGAAACAGUGGUGGAGGGCACCCUAACCCAUCCUUUUGCACUAACACUGUCUGAGGAGACCCUAUAUUGGACCGACUGGCAGACCCGUUCAAUCCACGCCUGUAACAAACACAACGGGGACAAAGCCAGAGAGAUACUCAGUGGGAUUUACUCCCCUAUGGAUGUCCAGGUCCUGGAGCACUAUCGACAGCCUUACAUCCAGACUCCCUGUAGUGACAACAAUGGAUACUGUAGUCAUCUCUGCCUGCUUUCUCCAGUCCAGCCUUUCUACAGCUGUGCCUGCCCCACUGGAGUCCAGCUUAAACCAGAUGGAAAGACAUGCAAACCAGGAGCAGAGCAGGUUUUGCUGCUGGCUCGACGGACUGACCUGCGGAGAAUCUCACUGGACCUACCAGAUUUCACUGACAUAGUACUACAGGUUGAUGACAUUCGGCAUGCCAUAGCUAUAGACUAUGACCCGGUUGAGGGUUAUGUCUAUUGGACAGAUGAUGAGGUCCGGGCCAUCCGGCGAUCCCAUAUUGAUGGCAGCAAUGCCAUGAUGCUAAUUACCACGGAAAUCAACCACCCAGAUGGCAUUGCAGUGGACUGGGUGGCCAGAAACCUAUACUGGACUGACACUGGUACUGACCGGAUUGAGGUAACCAGACUGAAUGGAACCUCUCGGAAAAUUUUGAUUUCUGAGAACCUGGAUGAACCGAGAGCCAUCGUCCUGGACCCCGUUCAUGGCUACAUGUACUGGACCGACUGGGGUGAGUACCCCAAGAUCGAACGGGCCAACCUGGAUGGAACGGACCGGGUGGUUUUGCUCAACAGCUCUCUGGGCUGGCCCAAUGGACUGGCUAUAGAUUACGUAGCAGAAAAACUAUACUGGGGAGAUGCUAAAACCGACAAGAUAGAGGUGAUCAAUGUGGAUGGCAGUAACAGACAGACUCUGCUAGAGGACAAGCUGCCUCAUAUCUUUGGUUUUACUCUGCUGGGUGAUUACAUCUACUGGACUGACUGGCAAAGACGCAGCAUUGAGAGGGUACACAAAGCCACGGCUGUACGAGAGAUCAUCAUCGAUCAGCUGCCAGAUUUAAUGGGGCUAAAGGCCACUAAAGUCACAGAGACACAUGGUACAAAUGGCUGUGCGGUGGACAAUGGCGGAUGCAGCCAUCUGUGUUUCUGGUGUCGGCAGGCUGUCAGCUGUGCCUGUCCCAUGGGGAUGGAGCUCCUCUCAGACCUGCAGACCUGUGUAGUGCCUGAGGCCUUCUUGCUUUUUACCAACAGGGACAACAUCAGGAGUAUAUCUUUGGGUACCAACAGCAAUGAUGUAGCCAUUCCUCUGACAGGAGUUAAAGAGGCCUCUGCUCUCGACUUUGAUGUGUCUGAAAGGAGAAUCUACUGGACAGACAUACAGGCCAAGACAAUCAGCAGAGCAUAUAUGAAUGGCAGCUCUGUAGAACAUGUCAUAGAGUUUGGACUUGACUACCCAGAGGGCAUGGCAGUUGACUGGAUGGGUCAUAACAUCUACUGGGCUGAUACGGGCACAAACCGCAUCGAGGUGGCCCAGCUGGAUGGCCAGUAUCGGCAGGUUCUGGUCUGUAAGGAUCUUGACAACCCGCGCUCACUUGACAACCCGCGAUCACUAGCACUGGACCCCGCUAAUGGCUACAUGUACUGGACAGAGUGGGGUGGACGACCUCGUAUAGCUAGAGCCUACAUGGACGGCAGCACCAUCACGACCCUUGUGGAUAAAGUGGGUCGGGCCAACGGACUGACCAUUGACUAUGUAGACCAUCGACUCUACUGGACUGACCUGGACACAUGCAUGAUUGAAAGCACCAACAUGCAAGGCCUUCAGAGGGAGAUCAUAGUCGACGACCUCCCCCACCCAUUCGCUCUGACUCAGUACCGGAAUUUUAUCUACUGGACAGAUUUUAAUCUGCACAGUAUUGAACGGGCAGACAAACGCAGCGGACUCAAUCGCACUGUGGUGCUACAGGGCCAGCUGGAGCUGAUGCUGGACAUCCUGGUGUUCCACUCCUCCCGUCAAGAGGGUACCAACGAAUGCUCCCAUAACAACGGCAACUGUGCCCACCUUUGCCUGGCAACGCCUGCUGGUGCCCAGUGCCGCUGUGCCUCCCACUACACUUUGAACCUUGAUGGACGAAACUGUAGCUCUCCCUCUCGUUUCCUGCUCUUCAGUCAGAAGGCCAGUAUCAGCAGAAUGGUUUUGGGAGAGCAGAGUCCUGACAUCAUCCUGCCCAUCCAUGUCCUUAGGAACGUCCGAGCUGUCAGCUAUGACCCGCUGGACCGGCUGGUCUACUGGCUGGAUGGACGACAGAACAUACGCAGGGCCAGAGACGAUGGAGCCAUGUCUUCCAUGAUAGUGAGCACCAGUGUUCAGCCAGUGGACAGCCAGCUUCAUGACCUGAGCCUGGACCCCUACAGCCGCCACAUUUACUGGACCUGUGAGACAACCAACACCAUCAAUGUCCAGAGGUUGAACGGUGACACCGUGGGCGUGGUCCUGAAGGAUGACGCCGACAAGCCACGUGCCAUCGUGGUCAAUGCUGAGAAAGGGUACAUGUAUUUCACCACAGUGCAGGAGCGCUCAGCUAAGAUCGAAGGAGCCAGUUUGGAUGGGACAGAGAGAGAGUCUCUGUUCACUACGGGUCUGAUUAGACCAGUAGCUCUGGCUCUGGACAAUAAACUAGGAAAAUUGUUCUGGGUCGACGCCGACCUCAAACGCAUUGAGAGCAGCGACCUGACAGGAGCCAAUCGCAUCGUCCUCCAGGAUUCCAACAUUCUCCAGCCAAUGGGGCUGACAGUUCUGGGAGAUCAUCUGUACUGGAUCGACCGGCAGCAGCAGAUGAUAGAGAGGGUGGACAAAAUCACCGGAGAUGGACGCACACGCAUACAGGGACGGAUAUCAUAUCUCACCUCCAUCCAUGCUGUAGAAGAGAUGGAUCCACAGGAGUUUGCAUCCCACCCUUGUUCCCAUGAAAACGGGGGCUGUUCUCACAUCUGCAUUGCUAAGGGUGACGGCACACCUCGCUGCUCCUGUCCCAUGCACCUGGUGUUACUACAGGACCUGCUGCACUGUGGAGAGCCUCCCACCUGCUCCACAGAGCAGUUCACCUGCUCCACGGGGGAGAUUGACUGUAUUCCCAUGGCCUGGCGCUGUGACGGCUUCCCUGAAUGUGACGACAGCAGUGAUGAGGAGAAUUGUCCCGUCUGCUCAGCCUUCCAGUUCCAGUGUGAAAAAGGAGGCUGCAUUGAUGCUCAAAUGCGCUGCAAUGGUGAACCCGACUGUGCUGAUCACUCUGAUGAGCAGGACUGUGAAACCAUCUGCCCUCCUAAUCAGUUCCGCUGUGGUGACAACCAGUGCAUCACUAAGAAACAACAGUGUGACAAUUACUCUGACUGUCCCGACGGAUCAGAUGAGCUCGCCUGUGAGUAUGUGUCUCCUCCCUCUAGUGGCAUUCCUAACACUGGGCCUAACACCAUCGGUCCAGUCAUUGCUAUCAUCCUGCUCGUCUUCAUCAUCGGGGGAGCUUAUUUUGUCUGCCAGCGUGUGGUGUGUCGACGCUACAAGGGCCCCAGUGGGACUUUUCCUAAUGAAUACAUCAGUGGUACGCCCCAUGUGCCCCUCAAUUUCAUCGCCCCCAACAGCUCCCAGCAUGGCACUUUCCAAGGGAUCUCCUGUGGGAAGUCCAUCAUGAGUUCAGUCAGCCUGAUGGGCAGCAGCAGCAGUGGAGCUCCUCUCUAUGAUAGGAACCAUGUGACUGGAGCUUCAUCCAGCAGCUCAUCAUCUACCAAAGGAGCCUUCUACCCUCAGAUCCUGAACCCUCCUCCAUCCCCGGCUACUGACCGCUCUCUCUACAACACAGAGAUCUACUCCUCCAACAGUCCAUCCACCACCAGAUCAUACAGACCCUACCACCCUGUCCGCGGUGCCGCCCCACCUACUACGCCCUGCAGCACUGAUGUCUGCGACAGUGACUACACCCCCCACCGCCCGCCGGCUGGGCUGGUGUCGUCUGCGGGUCGCUGGAAGCCCGCGGGCCACGGCAGCCACGGCAAACACAACAAGUACUACAUGGACCUUAACUCAGACUCGGACCCCUAUCCUCCACCCCCCACCCCCCGCUCUCAGUACCUGUCAGCUGAGGAGAGCUGCCCCCCGUCCCCUUCCACCGAGCGCUCCUACUUCCACCUGUGCCCCCCUCCUCCCUCGCCCUGCACCGACUCCUCGUGACCCUCCAACAGCCCAGGAGCCCUGUGAGGAAGGAAGGGAUGAAAUCCACUUGCUACAAGAACUAACCUCAUCUGGCCUACUUUACCAGGGAAAGAACUCAUAAAGCAAGAUCCUGCCCUGACUGGCUCACACUUGCUGCUUUAUAUCAGCUGGUUAGGCUCAAGUGCCUUGCUCAAUGUCCCUAAGUCCCACAGUUGUCAUUUCAUCAUUCCAGUCAUCCUGGAGCUCUCAGGGUAACCAUCAUCUGAUCAGUCUGUCUUCCAUGUGUCCUGCUUUAACAGUCACUCACUCUUGGCAGGUUGAAGGUUUGAGGCCUUUCCUGCCUUGCUGCAGGGCUCAAAAAGGAGAUUAGUGCAUACAGCCAGCAGCUCCCUCUUUUUAUUUUCAUUCCAUCAAUAGAAGAAAAAUUCCUUUGCUGGUCCACUUCUUGAUGAUAAAAUAUAAAGACUGCCAUCUUUCCAAAUCCUCACCUCAUGGUGCUCCUGCCCUCCCCUAAACCCUGCAACAUGUGCAGGGAACUCACUAACUGAGGGUUACCAAUAGGUGUAGUGUGAAAACCCUGAGUCCAAUGCCAUGACUCAUUCAUUAAGACUGAAGCCAGGGCACGGCCUGCCACUUGGCUGACACUGCCUGCCUCACACUGUUUGUCUUCUCCUUCCUCACAGCACCCUUGUUGGCAGACCAGCGGCAGGACUGUAUAUAGUGUUAAAAUAAUAUGAACAAAAAUAAAUGAGAGAGGAAUUAUUUUACUAUUUUAUUCACACCGGCUGAUCCACCGCGCCACCGAAAACCAAGGGCAGAUAGUGAGUGGAUGUAUGCUGGAGUGAGUGAUAAAUGGUUGAAUGAUGAGCAUAUGUGAAUGUUUCGCUCGAUGUAGGAAAUGAAAUACAUUCGUAGAUGAUGACUGAAUGAAUGUGUGGAGGUAUAAAUGAAUGAGUGGAUGGAUGGAAUAGGGCCAACUCUUUUGUACGUUGUUUGAAAAUUGUCCCUGCCAUUUCUAAUUAGGGAUUGUUUGUAGUUGAACAUGGGGCCUUUUGAAGUGGAGCUUUCCUCACUCAACAAAGAGUCAGUGACAAAUCUCCCAGCAGUCCCUUCUUUAUCCCAUGAAACCAUCAUGUGACAACAUACCAAAUGAAUAUCAACAUGUAAAGCUAUUGUACAUACUUGUAAUGAAGUCAGUGAUUGAGUUGUGAGAAGUGAAUGCUUUUCAUUGUGAAUCUGAACCUCUUCCACCACAUUUACUUUAUCCUUAUCAUCCCAUUUACCAAAAGUAUGUUUGCUGCUAUUGUGUACGUACUAUAUCAGUUACCAUGACUUAUAAAUACACAGAAUGCCCAAUAUUACAACUCUCAUACUGACAAUAGAUUAUGAAGCUAUUAUACAGUUAAUAACAAAUUAUUCUUAUAGCGACUUUUGUUAUUUGUAUUUCUGUCUGUGUGUAGAUGGUUAUGUAUGUUUCUAUGUCGGUCACCACGGUUGGUUUGAGGAGUCUUUUUGGAAAUAGAAAAGUAAAAAUGUUGAACGAGUUCCCGCUGAGACAUUUUAUUCAGAGCUGUUUCACAAAUAAGUCUCAGUUUGCUUCAGGUGAAUCUUCCCUAGUCUUUUGUAGAGGUGUGAAUCUGUAGACACCUCAAGAUUUGAUUCCGAUUCCGAGGGCUACGAUGCCAUCACAAAACAAUUAUCAUGCAUCUUGAUGCAUCAACAUUUUUGAUUUCUAUACGUGAUUUAUCUUUCACACUGUGUGGCUACUGUUAAAGCAGCAUAUUUGUAACGAUCCGUAAUGAAAAUAAACAAAUGAAUUUAUUUCCAUUAUCUUUUAGUUUAGUCAGUCAACUUGUAUUAGGGGUGUAAAUGCAGAAAAAAAACCCGUUACAUAUGAAAAUGAGCACAUUUAGUGGUGGCUCAUUGGCCAUAAUUCUUACUGUAAGAGUUAAGGCAAACACUGGCAUAUUGUCAACAAGAAAAAGAAGUGAUGCUCCAUCAUAAGACUGGCCUGCUGAGAACUCCUGAUCUGCAGCUUGUGCUCGUUCAUACAGGGCAGACACAAUGGACUAAAUAAACUUCACACGUGAAGGGAUAUUGUCCAUAUGCUUUAAGUUGGUGUUCUCUGCAAGGUACAGUAUGCUAGUGUGGUCGCAUAUCUGCAGCAAUAAACACUCUAUGGCAUGUUACUGUUGCACGGCUGUGGGGAGAAGGACUUGCCUUCCACUGUGCCAUGUGGGCUUGAAGGGGUUUUAGACACUGUUAGACAGUCUGACUUGGUUUGAAGCAUACUGAGGCCUUAAGUUGUGCAGUUGUUCACCUCCAGUGUAGUGAACAUGACUAAUGAAUCCUGCUGAAGUUUGAAUUCUUUCCCACAUAAAAUAUCUUGCAGAAACCUCACCACUGCAAAACCAAAGUCAAAGGUUUGACUGACAUGAUUAAUACUUUGGUCUUUGUCUGAACAACUACCAGAGAGCUUUUUAUAAACGUUCCUGUGGGUAGUCACGGUGUAUGUCAUGUAUCCUAAUGACUUUGGUGAGCUGGUGACCCCCUGACUUUUACUACUACUCUAGUAGAUGACCAAGAGGCACCUCCAUGCUCCUAAGGAGCAACUUCACACCCUGUUAUAGUUUGAAAACGUGCCCCUUAGAAACAAAAAGUAAAUAUCUAGUGCACUCUAUCAGAGCUUUAGGUCUUUUUUUCAACAUGAAGUGGUGCAGGGUGUGUCCUUUGUUAAUUUCCCUCCUCUGAGAUAUGCUCAGAUAAAAUUCCAAUAAUUCUCAUCAGGUACUGUCAUGGUUUAGCUUUGGGCUUUGGUGACAAACUAUUUUCAGGGUUUAUCCAGCACUUAUUAUUAUUACAUUGUAAUGUUAUCAACACAUGACUUAGCAGGAAAACAUGGGAAGAUAUUGUAUGCACUUACAAAAAGAAAAUAGAUCUAUGAAUUAGUGUUUUUUUCAAGAAGAAGGAGCAUAUUUUGGCUAUUCACCCAGACUGCAGAAUUAUAGCAGUACAAUAUCAACCUUAGGUCAUGCUCACGUAAGUUGGAAACUGGCGUCAGAGAAAGUUCUAACACAGCCUGCAAUAUCAUCCACAUCAAAAGAGAACACAACAAGCUUCCUCUCAGCUGGCCUUGCUGCCAUCUUUGUAUUACAGUAACAGAUGUGUCCACAGGAACAGCUUGGUCAUUUAAUAGCAUGGUGUCGGCAAAGACACAAGACAGGUAAGAGGUCAGACAGGGACGUUUCUGUCGCCUGCUAGUGUGUUCCAAUCCUCCAAGCACCAAGCAGAGGUGAAUGUAGCGAUGAAUUAUUGAGUAUGACUACUCAGGAAUAGUCUUUGUUGGCCAUUGGGCCUAGAAGAGGAUCUGUGUGAGCCAGGUUAGGGUGCCAGUUUCCUAUAGAAAAGCAUCCCAGCACAUUGAGAGGUGUGAAGCUUUUGGAACUUGCAGUAGGUGUCUUGCUGUUGCCUGAUGAAUCCAUCGCCUACCACAUUACAGCUGAUGUGUGGUGACUGGCUGGAGACGGACUUCCAGUUAGCAUAGCUGAAGUAACAUGUACAUGUGUCAGUGGGAACUCUGAGCAGCAUUUAUUUUGAGGGCUGUAGGCCCUGCCUCAAACCACUGCGUCAGUAAAACUCCUUAAAGCCCUGUAUUUGUUGUCUCAGUAAAAAUGCUUUGUGGAAUUUACACUUUUGCCAUUUUUUGUAUCAAAAGCAUUUUUAUAUAAUAAAGGUUCUAUUUUAAGGAA